AUGACCGAAAUGAGCUUUAUGAAGAUUCCCAGGAUAAAGGCCUUCUUUCAACCGCAACUCCGGUGCGACCAUAACAUGGUUGUAUGCAUCAUGAGAAGAAAUUCGACUCCUGAAAAUUUAACACAGCGAUACACCAACGAUAUGGCAAAUGACAAUACCAGAAAAAGAAGAUACAAUGUUGAAGCUUUGAGAGUGGAUGAGGAGAAAAGAAAACGUUUCCAGAAUAGUAUUGACAAGAAUCUAAGAAAAUACAGUGAAAUAGAAGGGGACAAUAAAAACAUUCAAAGCAGGUGGAAAAGAAUAAAACUAGCGGUGACGGAUGCGGCGAACGCAAUAUUAACCACACCAGCAUCACCUCCUACCCCAAGAAGGAAGAUAGCGUCAAGGAAGUACACGAUGGCUCAACAAAAGAGGCUAGCAGAGAGAGACAACGUGUUGUUGAAAAAGGCAGCGGCGGAAGCGAGGAUAGAGAAGCGUAAAGCUUACGAUCAGCAUUUUAACGAAAAGGUGGAUGGGUUUUUAAAUAGCAUCGAGAAAGAAAACAGCCUGGAACAAAUGACUCAAACGUUUAGAUUCAUCAAGCGAUAUAAAAGAAAUAAACAGACAAGGAAGGCGCAGUACAUUAGUAUACAAAAAUGGGAACAAAAACUUCACUCGCUUACGCAUGUCCAACAUGACAUAAAUACGCAGUACGAAGUGGAAAACGACUAUCGAGAAGCAGGACCGGUACCAACAGCACAUGAAAUUGCCGAAAUUAUCAUGACAUCGAGGAACAACAGUGCUCCAGGACUAGACAACUUACAAAACGAAUUUCUGAAGUACGGCUCUGAACAGCUUCUGCAAGAGAUUACAGACUUGAUGAUACAAAUUUUCAAAACCAAUAUAGUUCCCAAAGAAUGGAGUGAAACUGUCCAAGUGCCAAUCCCGAAGAUUCCGUAUCCAAAAAAUGUAGACGACUACAGGUGUACCAUACUUUGCACAAGCACAUAUAAAAUAUACGCCAAACUAUUACUCAACAGGCUAAGGCAGCAAGUACCGCCUCUUCCAGGUUACCAAAUGGCCUUUCAACAUAAGCGCAGUGCCCCAGACCAAAUAUUCGUGUUGCGGCGUAUUAUGGACGAAAAAUGGAGGAAAGGGAAGAAAAUAGUUUUGGUGUCCCUUGAUCUAAAACAGGCAUUCGACAGGAUAGAUACCUCGAAGAUGGCGGUGAUAUUGUCCGAUAUGGGAGUUUCAAAGGCACUUAUUAGGAGAAUAGUAACUGGAUGCUUGAGGGAGAUAACCUCCAUUAAUGGUUCGGCCAGAGAACUGGCACCUCGCAGAAAACUAGAGGCGUCAAACAAGGCUGCCCUCUCUGCCCACAACUGUUUAUUCUAUUGUUGCAUCAUGUGCUGCAAUCGGUCCGGUUAUUCCGGAACUGAAGUUAGCUCACGUAGGCACAAUACAACUUCCGUGCAUAUUGGGAUAUGCCGACGACCUGCUGUUCAUCUGCGAACAAGAGGAUGA